GUGUGCGCAUGCGCACCAUUGAAUGUAGCAGUGGGCGCGUAUCGGGUAAAGCCAGCGGGAACGGGGGGGGUGUGCAGGCGACGACCUCGAUCUAUUCAAUGAAGAGAAUAUAAAUGAUUGUCUAUUGGGUCCCACGCAUGCGCAGUGCUGAGCGUGGCGGCCGGUGUGUCGUUGACGGCGAGCGCAGCGGCGUCCGCUCAUCACGUAGCGGCGCGUUCUUCCUGUCUCCGUGUGUUCAGUGCCCCAGUUCCUGUUUCCGCCCAAAUCACAGAGCACAUCACUGCUGUACUCAUCGCCUCGAAGGACUGGAUGUCUACAGCACCUACACAAUGUUAAGCGUGAGAAAACGUUAAGAGCCAACGAAGUCCCGAAGCUGACGGUCCUCUCUCUAAAUUGGGAAAGUUCACAAGUUCGACCUUGGGGCCUUUUGGAUCGCUGCGAUUGCUGCCCUUCUUCGCUACUGUCGACCUUCUUUUCUGUUGGAGGAGUAGCAGUGGGCCGCAAGAAUGCAUUUGAUCGCUGCGCUGUGAGGAGAGCGAGAGAGAGACAUGCGGACGUGGACAGGCUCAUGGCGCUGGAUCAUGCUAGUGCUGUUAGCAUGGGGCACUUUGCUGUUCUACAUCGGCGGGCAUCUGGUGCGUGACAGCGAACAGCCUGAGCAUCCCAGCCGCGAGCUCUCCAAAAUCUUAACUAAGCUCGAGCGACUUAAGCACCAGAACGAGGAGCUGCGCCGCAUGGCGGAAACGCUCAGGUUACCAGAAGGUCAAAUUGAUGGGGACACUGGAGCUGCAGGGAAGCUUCGUAACCUUGAGGAGCAGUUACUCAGAGCCAAAGAGCAGAUCAACUCAUACCGCAGUCUACCUGUUGAUGGCCCCGGGAGAAAGCAAGAGGAGUUACGAAGAAUGAUUGAGAAUGGGGUACGAGAAUUGUGGUACUUUGUGCGCAGUGAGGUGAAGAAACUAGGCCACGUGGAGACCGGAGACCUGCAGAAACGCAUCACCAUGCUGCUGCAAGAGCUAGGCCACCAUCAGAGGGCCGUCAUGACAGACUUGUACCACCUGAGCCAGGCUGAUGGAGCUGGAGACUGGAGAGAGAAGGAGGCCAAAGAUCUCUCAGACCUGGUCCAAAACAGGAUAACAUACCUACAGAACCCACCAGACUGUGGAAAGGCACGCAAGCUGGUGUGUAACAUCAAUAAGGGCUGUGGUUACGGCUGCCAGCUUCAUCACGUGGUCUACUGCUUCAUGAUCGCCUACGGAACCCAACGCACACUAAUCCUGGAGUCACAGAACUGGCGCUAUGCCACUGGAGGCUGGGAAACAGUCUUUAAACCAGUCAGUGAAACCUGCACUGACCGAACUGGAGCCUCUACUGGACACUGGUCAGGUGAAAAUAAUGAUCAGGCCAUACAGGUGAUUGAGUUGCCGAUUGUGGACAGCCUCCACCCCCGUCCUCCUUACCUGCCCCUGGCUAUCCCAGAGGAUCUGGCUGAGCGUCUGCACCGGCUACACGGAGAUCCCUCUGUCUGGUGGGUUUCUCAGUUCGUCAAAUAUCUGAUCCGACCCCAGGCGUGGCUUGAGAAGGAGAUCCGUGAAGUGACCGCCAAGCUGGGCUUCAAACACCCCGUCAUUGGAGUGCAUGUACGAAGGACUGACAAAGUGGGAACUGAAGCUGCAUUCCACCCCAUAGAGGAGUACAUGAUGCAUGUAGAGGACCAGUUCCAGAGCCUGGCACACCGCAUGCACAUCGACAAGAAGCGUGUUUACCUGGCAACUGAUGACCCUUCAUUACUGCAGGAGGCCAAGACUAAGUACCCAGAUUACGAGUUCAUCAGUGAUAAUUCCAUAUCCUGGUCAGCUGGCCUGCAUAACCGCUACACUGAGAAUUCAUUGAGAGGAGUCAUCCUUGACAUCCACUUCCUGUCCCAGACCAACUUUUUGGUCUGCACCUUUUCAUCCCAGGUGUGUCGUGUGGCCUACGAGAUCAUGCAGACGCUGCACCCGGAUGCCUCGUCCUAUUUCUACUCACUGGACGAUAUCUAUUACUUCGGGGGGCAGAACGCACACAAUCAAGUGGCUGUUUAUGCACACGAGCCCCACAACCAAGCAGAGAUAGUGCUGGAGCCUGGAGAUGUGAUUGGAGUGGCUGGCAAUCACUGGGAUGGCUAUUCGAAGGGCAUCAACCGCAAGAGUGGUCGCACCGGCCUCUACCCCUCUUACAAGGUGAAGGAGAAAAUUGAGACAGUGAAGUACCCCACUUACCACGAGGCCGACAAGCUGCUUAAGAAACAGUAAAGGUAGCAGGGAAUGCUGGGAAAAUUAUUUUAUACUGUAUACUGGAAUGAAGAAGGCCUGGACCUCCUGGACAGAGAUGCACUUUGUGUGUGCAAAAGGGGGGUGGGGUGUAUCAGUGGGCGAGCGUGUGAGGAAAUGUGUGUCUGAAUGUUAGAAAUGUAAAAACUAUGUAUAAACUGGACACACGGGAUCAGUGAACAUGCUGCUGCAGGUGUUUUCCUAAAAACCCCAACUAAAAUGAAGGCAAACGCAUUUCAGAUAAUGUAAAAUCACAAAGCAGUGGUUCAGGCAGCUUCAAAUGAGGAAUUCGAAUUCGCACCUUGAGCUUGUGCUCUGUUAUCCUGUGACGUUUCCCUCCAGUCGUUGACUACUUCAUUACAUCAGUCACACCACACACAAGCUUUUACUUUUUAUUUCCUAUCCUGUGUUUUUGAAUACACAAUUGUUAAACUAUUUCCCAGAAGUCAUGUUAUCUGUCUGUGCGUUUCUUGGCGUGAAACAAGGAUCCAAACAAUGUGCCUGGGAGUAAUAGCGGACGGAUCGCAAGUGCUAAAUUGUUCCGACUCCAGCGCCUUACAGAAGAAUACACUCCCGACCUUCUACUCCUUGCUGUUCAUUAUGUUUUCGAAAGCUUAUUUAAUGUUAAAUAUAAUGUUAAGAAAAAGGUAAAAAACAACAACACAGGAACUAAACAUUUCCAGAUAAUUAUUAAAAGAAAUAAUGAUAAAGCUAGUAAAGAAUAUUAUUAAGUAUGAUAAAUAGAAUCUCAUUGUGGUAACAUUUUAGUCUACUAGAGUGAUUUAAUAUUUUAUGUCUGUGUGAACUUUUCUAAACCGAUCAAAUAAACUUGAUCAGCCAUUGUG